GAAACCCCGCCCAUCAGCCCCUUUAUCUCCGCCCCCUUUUUUUAGAUCCGCCCCCGUAGCUCCCUGCUUCUGAGCCCGGGAAACCCCGCCCCUCGCUCUCUCUCUCCAGCAUCAUGGCGCCCAAGCCGCGCAAAGAAGCAGCGGCCGCAGCUCCGGCCAAGCCCGAGGGGGUCAAGCCCGAGGGGGCCAAAGGCAAGGGCGGCAAGGGCCGUCCCGAGGGCGGCAAGGGGCGUCCCGAGGGCGGCAAGACCCGCGAGGGUGGCAAGGCCCGUGCCGAGGGCGCCAAGGCCCGCGGGGCCGAGGGCGCUAAGGCCCGCGGGGCCGAGGCGCGGCCCAAGGGUGAGGCGAGGGCCAAGGCGCUGAAGGCCAAGAAGGCCGUGCUGCGCGGGGUGCACGCGGUGCGUCGCCGCAAGGUGCACACCUCCCCCACGUUCCGCAGGCCUCACACUCUGCGGCUGCGGCGGCAGCCCAAGUACCCGCGCAAGAGCGCGCCCACGCGCAACAAGAUGGACCACUACGCUAUCAUCAAAUUCCCGUUGACGACGGAGGCAGCGAUGAAGAAGAUUGAGGACAACAACACGCUGGUGUUUAUCACAGACGUGCGUGCCAACAAGCACCAGAUCAAGCUGGCGGUGAAGAAGCUCUACAACAUCGGGGUUAUGAAGGUCAACACGCUGAUCCGUCCUGACGGGGAGAAAAAGGCCUACGUGAGGCUUACGCCCGACUUCGACGCGUUGGAUGUUGCCAACAAAAUCGGCAUCAUCUAAAGUGGGAGGCCUCUUCAAUAAACGUAUCUUCAGUUGGAA